AUGAGUAUCACAUAACAGGAAGGUAGCACUUUAUUGAAGGAUUUGGAGAGAAUUAGAAAAAAAACUAAAAUUUCUAAUAAAGUAUUAAAUGGCUAGCUUGAUCAAAUCAUCACAGAAAUUGAGGAGGCUAAAACAAACAAUGACUAUUCUUAAUUAAAAGAUAAAUUACAAGUAUAAUAUUUAUUAAGGAAGAACGAAAAACCAUUGACAAAAAUAAAACAAACAAAUAAUGACUGCUAUGCAUAUAUUUCGAAGUUAGGAAAAAACAUGGAUAAGGUAUACAAAAAAAAUUUACAAUAUGGACAAGAACAUAUUGAGUUGGAUUAGAAUGUCCUUACAGAAUUAAUAAAGACUCAUCUACUUAGAGAUGGCGAGUUUGAGGCUUAUGAGACUUUAGUAAAGGAAUCAGGUUCAGUAGACUCUAAUUUCCAUUAAUUUUUUACUGAAGCUCAGAGUAUUGUGAAAGAUUUAAAAGAAAAAAAAUUAGAUUCAGCUAUAUAAUGGGCAGAAAAUAGAGGAAAGAAAUCUGUUAAUAAUCUACUUUAUGAGUUAUUGAAACAAAGAGUGAUAUAAUUAGUGUAAACUGAAGGUAUUAAUGUAGCCAUUAACUUUAUGAGAAAUAGUGCUUCAUUUUAAGAAUAAAGUCAGGGCAGAUUAUAUGAGAUAUGCUUAAUUACUUAUUCAUUAUUGAUAUGGCCGAAUGUUGAAAAUACCAAAUACUUCUAUUUAUAUGAUAAUGAAAGAAACUGGCCCAGGGUUCUCAAUCUAUUUUUAGAAGUUGCAGCUAAAUCUUAAAAUAUUUUAACUAAAUCAGAAAUUAGAACUGUAUUUUCAGCUGGUUGUUUAGCCAUGCCUAAAUUAAUUAAAUAUAACUAAAUCACACGAAAUAGAUCUUCUGAAGUUCUUACAAAUGAUAUCCCUAUAGAUAUUGAAAUUGGGAAAGAAUAUAAAUAUCAUUCAUUCUUCGUAUGCCCUGUUUCUAGAGAAGUGACAAACUCUGAUAAUCCUCCAGUACUAUUAAAAUGCGGACAUGUCAUUUCUAAACUAUCUGCUCAUAAAAUGAUUGCAAACAAAUAAAAAUUUAAAUGUCCGACUUGUCCAGUUGAAACCAAAGGAGUAGAUUUACCUGAACUAAUAUUUAUUUGAAACAUACCUAAACUAUGAUUUUUAUUUCUCA